GGGGCACCUUGUCAGCCAUGUUUGCAUGGUUUCUUAGAUUUUAGUCACUGACAAGAGACAAUAUUAAAGGCUUCCUGGCCGAAAAUUGUAACCAGGAGGGACACACAAUGUGCGGAAGCAUUAAGGAGAAUAACGGAUAAUUCAAAUGAGCAGGUUUGAUCAUCGCUGAGACGCUUAUAAACGAAGAAAGCAAUGGUAUUUUGUAGAGGAAGUGGUCUAUCUUUUCAAGGUGUCAAGUCUCUCGAUAGGAAUGAUGCCUUCGUUGAUCUAAAGUAAGGAAAGUUGGAUUAUUGCAGUAAAGUAUUGCAUUAUUUGGAACUGUCAGUGACGACUUUGGGAGAUGAUGUGCCUCCCUAGACAGGUGUAGAACUCGUGCCCGGGGAUUACGCAGGUCUACACGAUCUCGUGCGAAGACCAGCGAUGUCUGCGGAAGAGAGGUUGAAAGCAUUGGAACAGCUGUAUCUGCAAGGCGCUUCAGCUAGUGAUGGCUAUACUGUCAGCGUCGAGACCCUUCUUGACGUGCUUGUCACCCUCUACGAUGAGUGCACAAACUCUACUCUGCGUAAAGAGAAAAAUAUAUCAGAUUUUGUUGAGUUUGCAAAACCAAUAGUCGGGAAAAUCAAGACAUGUCGACUCCACCGAGACGACUUCGAGACCCUGAAGAUCAUUGGGAGGGGUGCUUUUGGAGAGGUGGCAGUGGUGAAGGAGAAGCAGACAGACCAGGUUUAUGCAAUGAAGAUCCUCAACAAGUGGGAGAUGCUGAAGAGAGCAGAGACUGCUUGUUUCAAAGAAGAGCGGGAUGUGUUAGUGUAUGGAGAUCGUCGAUGGAUAACAAACCUGCACUAUGCCUUCCAGGAUGAACAUUAUCUGUAUCUUGUUAUGGACUACUACUGUGGUGGAGAUCUGCUCACAUUGCUCAGCAAGUUUGAGGACCGCCUUCCAGAAGACAUGUCCAAGUUUUAUAUUGCUGAAAUGGUCCUUGCUAUAGACUCUCUUCAUAAACUUCGUUAUGUACAUAGAGACAUCAAACCCGACAAUGUGCUUCUUGAUAGAAGUGGUCAUAUAGUGCUAGCUGAUUUUGGGUCAUGUCUCAAACUAAUGGCUGACGGAACAGUGCAGUCCUCGGUAGCCGUGGGGACACCAGACUACAUCUCACCGGAAAUCCUAAGAGCUAUGGAGGAUGGUCAUGGUAAAUAUGGCCCCGAGUGUGACUGGUGGUCUCUCGGUGUGUGUAUGUACGAGAUGUUGUAUGGAGAGACGCCAUUCUAUGCUGAAUCCCUGGUGGAGACAUACGGCAAAAUUAUGAACCAUCAAACGAGGUUUGAGUUCCCAACAGAUGUAGACGAUGUGUCUCAAGAAGCCAAGGAUCUAAUCAGGCAGCUCAUCUGCAGUGCAGACAAGAGGUUCGGCAAAGGUGGACUGGAUGACUUCAGAAAUCAUAACUGGUUUAGUGGCAUUGACUGGAACAACAUUAGAGACAUGGAGGCCCCUUACAAGCCUGAAGUCUCGAGUCCGACUGACACUUCCAAUUUUGAUGUAGACGACACAGACUUUCGACAUACAGACACAGUCCCACCAGCAACUUACACAGCAUUUAAAGGACACCACCUGCCUUUUAUUGGUUUCUCAUUUACACGCAAGUCUAAACUGUCUGAUGUGGCCUGUCUGUUUGAUCCUGAGGGAGCGAAUGGUGACACUGUGGAUGGAGCUUUAGUGGAAACAUAUGAGAGAAAGAUCAGGAACCUAGAAAGAGAAAACAAAGACUUAAUGAUAAAAAUUCAUGAAACAACUGCAACAAUAAAUGAGUUGCGGACAACGCAAGACAUCAAUGGUGUGGCAGCAGCAGCAGCUUCAGGGUCGGACGAUGAAGUGCGGCAACUGAAGGAAGAGGUGGCAGUUUUACACAGGGUUGUAGCAGAAUCACAAGGGGAGGUCAGCCUUUUGGAACAAGAUCUGAAGAAAAUGUUUGAUUCAAAGCAAGAGGUUGAACGGAAAUUAAAAUUACUGGAUGAAGAAAAAGCUGCAUUCGAAAAGGAAUUGCAAGAUUGGCGAGACAAGUACAAGACCCAAGGGAGAGAACUCAAGGAUGCCUUGUCGAAACAGAAACUAGCCAUGGAACAGUAUACAAGUACCAAUGAUUCAUUGUUGAAGGCUCAGUCAAAGGUGAAGGAGUUGACACGGGAAUCACGGAACAAGGAGGAGGAGACAGAAGAUUACAAGUCGAAGUUGGAUGGUAUCCGACUGGAGAAAAGGAGGCUGGAGAAACUCAUCAGUGAGGCCCAAAACCAAAUCGAUGAGGCCAAAUCUGAAGCUGGCAAGGAAAAACGGUUACGAGAAAGAGCAGAGCAGUAUGCUUCAGAUUUGGAGCAAGAGCUGGAAAACAUCAAGCGCAGACAGAUGGGUCGCUCAAGCAGUUCCACAAAUCUAGAACUAACACAGGAGAUCACUAGGUUGAAAGCUGAAGUAGAAAGAAAGGAUGUAGAACGGGAAGAAGAACUAGCAAGAGUUUCCUCUAAAUAUUCUACGGAACUGAGUGACAUUAAGUACCAUUUGAAGGAAUCAGAAGCUAAGCGAAGUGAGCUCCAACAUGAGAUGACAAACCUGAAGUCGAAGGUUUCUCAGCAGCUUGUGGAUGACUUGAAGGAGCAGCUCCAGAAGUCCAAGCAGCGGGCUGAGAUGCAUGAACAGAGGAGUAAGGCCUUCAGCAAUGAGGUGGAUAGACUCAAGGAUGAGGUGCACUCGUAUCAAAAUCGCAUCGACAACCACAUACGGGAACGCUCUCAGCUCGAGGAGGAGAUUCGGGAUAUCUAUGACAAACGGGAGUCCGUAGCUCAGUGGGAGGCACAGAUCUCAGAGAUCAUCAAGUGGGUGAGUGAUGAGAAGGAUGCUCGAGGCUACCUUCAAGCACUUGCCACUAAGAUGACAGAAGAACUGGAGAACCUGAAGGUGAUGGGAGUGUCCGGUGAUGACCCGUCCCGAGGCCAGCGAUGGAGGAACCGAAGGUCUCAACGUCUGGACAAGAUGGAGCUUCUCAACCUCCAGUCUAGUCUUCAGAGUGAGAUCCAAGCCAAGACCAUGAUCAGUGAACAGCUCACUCGCAUCAAGGAAGAGAAUGUGUCCAAUGAGAACAAGAUCCAUGAAAAGGACAGCGUGAUUGCUGAGCUGAAGAGGGAGAACGAGGAGCUCAGGGAGCAAGUACAGAGACAGCAGGAGAGCCAACCUAAAGAAUGGGAUGAUAGUAGAGAACCGGGAUUAUUUAAGUAUUUCAACGACCGAUUCACAUUCAACAUGGAUCAGAUUUCAAUAGACAGUGAACAAGGUGAUGACAGUGAGGACACGGCAUCACGGACAGACUCGCGGACAGAUUCCCGGUCAGACCUGCAGGCAGGAGACACCCCGGAGUCAUCCCUCACACGUGAUGCUGUGCCGUUCUCGCAACCGUACGAGCCAGUGUUUCAGAAGCCCUACUCCAACAACACCAGCCCCGCCCAGGGCAAGCCCCUGCCUCACCCUAAAGCUCAUAAGUUUAUCGUCAAGUCUUUCAGUACCCCCUACAAGUGCAAUCAUUGCACCUCCUUGUUGGUUGGCCUGCAGCGCCAGGGCAUUACAUGCGAGGUGUGUGGCUAUUCAUGCCAUGUCCACUGUAUGAAGAAAGCGCCAGAUGUGUGUCCUGUUCCCUCGGACCUCAUGACGAAACGCCCAGCAGGAGUGAACGUUGAACGAGGUCUAGGCACAGCUUUUGAAGGUUUCGUAAGAGUACCCCGUCUUGGUGGGAUUAAGAAAGGGUGGCAACGCCAGUACAUGGUGGUCUGUGAUUUCAAGUUGUUCUUCUAUGACAUGCUGUCUGACAAGAACAUCCCAAAUGAGGUGGUUCAGGAAGUGCUAGACAUGAGAGAUGAGAGGUUCUCCGCAUCUUCUGUGAGUCCCAGUGAUGUCAUUCAUGCCAACAAAAAGGAUAUACCACAAAUAUUUAGGGUAACAACAACAGAGUUGAACUCUCCGUUUUCAGAGCACAUAGUGUUACUAUUGGCAGAGGAUGAACGUGAAAAGGAGAGGUGGCUCACUGUCAUUACACAACUACAUGGCAUUCUCAAAAACAACGAUAAACUGCCAAGAACAGCGGUUUAUCAAGCACAAGAAGUAUGUGAUAAUUCCUUGUCCCUUGUAAAAAACACUAUGUCUUCAACCAUCUUGGAUUCCUCCCGGAUAGUCCUUGGAACAGAAGAGGGAUUGUAUAUUUUAGAUCUGAAGAGAGACCAUUUGACACGAGUGGGUGAUCGGGGUGACAAGAAAAUUUUCCAAUUGGAGAUUGUACCUCAAGAACAUUCUGUCAUCUAUAUUGGUGGCCGACAGAAGAAUAUAAAGAUCCUCCAUGUGUCAGCUCUGGAGGGCAAAGACUGUGAUUCUGUUAAAAUUGUCGAAACAAAGGGCUGCCAAACAUUUUGUACAGGACUUAUUCGGCAGGGUGCAGUGACCUGCUUGUGUGUAGCUAUUAAGCGAACUAUUCAGGUGUAUGAAGUGAACAAAACACGGGUGAGAUACAGGAAGCUAAAAGACAUUCAAGUGCCAGGCCAUGUGGAGUUUGUAGAUAUGAUGAGUGAGAGACUGUGUGUGGGCUACCCAUCAACAUUUGCAAUAUACACUGUUCAAGGAGAUGGAGCACCCAUGACACUAGUUAACACUGAAGACCACAGUUUGGAGUUUCUGGUGCGCAACCCAGUCAAGUCAUUAAUGGCCAUUGAGCUCCCCUCAAAGGAAUACCUUCUUGUCUUCAACAUUCUGGGAGUGAACGUGGACAGCACAGGUGCUAGGAGUCGAGCCCAGGAGCUGUUGUGGCCUGCCCAGCCUGAUGCCGUCAGUUACUCGGAGCCAUACCUUGCCUGCUACACGGAGAAUUCAGUCUUUAUCUAUGAUGUUAUCACCUCAGAAUGGGUACAAACUAUCAAUGUCAAAAAGUGCAAGCCCCUGUGCAAGGAUGGAUCACUCUGCAUUUUCAGUGGUGUAGAUUCUCAACACAUAUUUUACCUCAAAGACAUCUAUGCAGAGGAAGACCGCCUUUUGGUGGCGGAGUUAGCCAAGAUGAAGAGUGGUGGCAGGAACAAGCGUCGCUUCUCCUUCAAGAGCCGUGAGGAAGACCACCGAAGCAGUAAAGGGUCAGAAAGACGCAAUCGUGAUAUCUCUGGGCCAAUAACGUUCAGCCAUGUGGCCCACAUGGGGCCGGACCAAGUAUUGGUCCCUCCUCCACCUCCAUCACAAGGUGGAGACCGCCGAUCUCGAGUUAUCUCAUCCCCCAUCAACUUCAGCCACAUCGCUCACAUGGGCCCCGACCAGGGCAUGCAGGUCCUCAUUGACCUCCCCAAGUCUGGAGGGAGUCAGAGCAACGUUGGCAGCAGUAGUGGAGAGUCAGAGAUGCAGAGGGUGAAGAGCAUGUUCCAGCCACAACUCAAGUCUAUACAUGAAGCCCAGAUGAGAGGUGCCAGGCCGGUCAGCUCACACUUCAAUGGAAGUGCUGGUAGCCGGAGUGAGGGUGGUCGACCAGGAGGGGUCAGGACAAUGCCCGGGGCCCCCCAGGACCCAAACAGUCUGGAGAAAGAUGUAUUUGAGGAUAGUCCAGACCAGCCUGGUUGGCGACACUCCAUCGCAUCUAACAACAGUAGCAAUCCAAGUAGUGACACUGGCUCCAAUAGACAGAGUUUUAUAGACGAACGGGACCAUGGGACAGACACGUCCGAAUCCGAGCAUGCUUCCACCAACUUAUAGCCUGUCGAUGUCGGCCCAGUCUGUCAUAUCUCACCCAACUGUGAUGUUUCCUGGCAGUGCCUCACUUCCUGUCUAUCUGUGACGAUAUUCCCACCGCACGGAGCAUGAUGUCCGGACAGCAGAGUGCCGGCGUUGACCUAUCCACGGGGCAUGUUUCAUGAGCGACCAUCAGACCAUGUCUCAACAUUUCCUGGCAGACCACGCCCACCACGAGGUGCGCACUGCUGAGCCACUGAACAAACAGAUGUACAUAGUAAUGAAAACUAGUAAUUUAACACAUGCUAGAUCUGUCUAGUGAACAAAGCCUCGGCCCAGAUGUAAUACUGUGGCAGGCUUAAGCGUAUGCUGACAACUACUACCUUAUACUAAGCUUAUUAACAGCUGACCAUCCCACAGCUACAACAUAGGUCAUGUAUGCGAGGUGUAUGUUUGUAUGUGUGACCUGGUAUGUGGUUCUGUAGUCAGCCUAGAGGCAGGCCUUGUAUGCCAUCUGUAUAUUGGGUUCCGCAUAAGAUUACCUUAACUAUGCAUGUUGCACCAUAGUAUAGGUGCAUCACAGUAAUGAACUGGGGAGGGGGAAUUGGGGUCAGGAGUGGGUAGGAGUUAGUUCUUGAAUCCCAUGCACACACAUAAGUCAGUUUAUUGACUGCUAGUGCUACAUCCCUGAAAACUAACAUUCAUGCUGACUAAUUCUCUCUACGAGAAAGACGGAAAGAAUCUUUUUGUUGUUUAGUUUUGGCCUUUGCAUCCAAACUUGCAGUGGUUCUUUAGUGUUUGUUAUGUCAUCAUGGCACAAUUGUAUUUGUUUGUGAGUUUUGUUUGUCGCAGUUGUUAACUGAAUUACUUCCUUGUUUUGUGUUAAAUGACGUCCCCAUGUGCCAAUGAUUUCAUCAUGUUGCCCUACGAGUGAUGACUAAUGGCCGAAACGGAAACAGCUGUAUGACUUAAAUCACCCAUGUUUGUGUUCAUGUAUACAAAGUUAUUAAAUACAUAAGGGGCAGUGAUUAUACUUGAACCAUAUCAAAUAUAAAGAGCACAUUACUCAUCCUUUGCAUGUGUGUGAUAAUCAAAAUUUGUCAUGUAUGUCAUAUCACUAUCAUAUUUUUAAUUGAUUCUGGAAAAGUAUACUGUUUAUAUUUUUAUUGCUACAUCAAGACAGUACUGUCAACUGAACGAAGGGCAUGGUACUUAAUUUCGAAUCUGAAUCUUUGAACUGGCGAAAUUGGAUAAGGUUAUUAUUUUGUCAAUGAUAACCUUAUUAAUUUUAUUUACUCAUUUUUUCUGGAAGUUCAACACAACCAUCAUUAUAAAAAAGAAUUGGCAUAACACUAAUGGCAGUAAAUCUUGGUCAAAUCGGAAUCCUGAUUACUCCCUAAUGUCUUUGAUAUCUACCUGUAUAGCGAGCUGAUAGUGGCUUCCAUAUGUCUAAUGUCUUCCACUGAGCUCUGAUAAAUGCCAGGCAUCCUGGAGCAGUGUGGUUGUGAGGGGUGGACAGUAAAUCCUUGCCAGGAAAUUCUCACCUCAUGUUGGACGGUAUUACAUUCAGACUGGAUCAAUUAUUGGCAUAGGCUAUGCUGGUGUUUUGGUGAAGUGUCUUAUUAUUUAUCAGCCAGAAAUAAAGGUGAUUUUCUCAGACACAGGGUAUUAGUGUGAAAGUGAGGAUUUUUCCUUUGUAUAUACAUACAGUGGCUCAAUGGGCUUAUUUCUACACACAGGGUGCAGUUUGCUGUACACAUGGUAUAAAUAGCAUAUCUGAUUUUCAGGCAGGAAUGGUUCUGUUAAAAAAUAGUACUAUUUUUUAAAUUUUAGUUACAUUUUACUGGGAGGCCCAGUCGUUUAGGGAACCACAAUUUGCUGCGCAGAAUUGUUGCCCUGAAGGACUGACUGAAUCCUAUGAUGGUGGUAUUGAAUCAUAGAUUCAACCUGAAUAUAAUCACUGGUUUGUCAGCAUUAUACCCUGUUGGUUGGUUUGCCAGAAGUGUUAAAAGUCUAGGACCUGCAUCACUUUAGGCUUUUCCUCCCAAAAUCCAGCUGACAUGCUUUGAUAUAACUGACAUAUGGUUCAAAGCAACAUAAAAACAAUCUCCCCAACACCCGUCAGACUCGAUCAACAGUGUUAUGAUAUUAAGCUAAAAAUUCGCACCAACUUGUAGAGGUUGCUGAUUCUUUGAAGAGAGUCCUCCUUGGACAGCACACACGUCUUCAUUGUGUGAGCGAUCUCAUGGAAAGUGAUUUACGAGGUUAGAGUUACCUUCUCUUGGCUGUAGGGCCUUGCAGGGGUGGUUGAACAGGACAAAAACAAGUUUUUUGUUUUGUAAAUAUUUUAUUCAAAAUAUAGUUACAACUGUCUUAGGAAUUUUUAAUGAACAGAAAAAUGCUUAUAUUCCCAAGGAGGACCUCUUCUGAAAAAGAAUGGUCGUUUUGCAUGAAACAUACAGCUGAAUGAUAGGAUUUUUUGGCAUAAUAAGAGUAUGUGUUGUGUUUUUGUCAUGUCUGCUCUGUUCUGAACUACUGUUUCUCCUAGCUGUGUGAACUUUAACUUCUACACUUCUCUGUCAUAACUCUACAUGCUGGUUCGUAUCUGUCUUUCUCUACUAACAGCUAACAGAUUUUGCAAAUAAAUAUUCAUGGUAAGCAGCUGUUUUGAUGACCUUCCAUGAACUGUUGUCACGAAUAUAUCACUUACGUUGUUAUCAUGCAUGAGGUAUUAAUGGCUGGGCAUUAAUCAUUCCGUUUUGUGGGGAUUGAACAUUCAAGUUAAAUAUUUUUUGCUGAUAAAUCAUUUGGAUAUUUUUUUGUGGCAUGUAUGUGGAUUUGAACUUUUAGAAAUUUCACCAUUCAUAUGUAAGACAUUGAAAGUAAGAACUAAUGAUAUGACAUAUUUGCUGAAGUAAUAACUCUGAUCCCCAUGUAGAAGACCUUGGAUAUUCUGCCUAGUGUUAAUUGUCAUGUCCCCAAGGGUGUCAUCUGCGUCAUUGUGUGUUGUAAAGUAUUAAACAAAAAUAGUUUGUGUGUUGUUUGACUAAAAGUUACAAAUUUCAUGUUGUUUGACAAAAGUAACUUCUUGAAAUUCACAUCUCAAUGGGACCCUUGAUAUACUUUUAUUUUAGGAAAGAUAUAUUUAGACAUUCCCAUCUGUCUGGACAAAAAUAUUUGUUUUGAUGACAAAUUGUGUGUUUGGAAAGCGAAGUAUUUAUUCUUGCAUGGAUAUGUAUGAUGAUAUUGUUAGUGGUUAUAGAAGAUAUGGUAAAACCAUUUUGGAAUAUGUUGUAAAUGGUGCUUGAUACCAUUUUAAGGUGCUGAUGCUUAAGUUUAUCCAAUCAUGUUGACCAUUAAUCCAUGCCUGAAUUUUGUUUAUUUCAACCACUAGAGCAGAUCCUUCCUUAGCGCAGUGGCUUAACCCAUAUAGGCAGAUUUUCGUCCACUUGUUUCGCAAGGUCAUUAGGUGUAAAGGCAACAUCAGGUGACAUGAUCUCUCUAGGCCCACCUGUGCGAGGGUGUUCUUGAGCUGAUGGCCACACCCUGAAGGAGUUCCACAA